CAGGUUUCUUGCGUUCCCAGUCCCUCUCCUACCUCUGUGGCUCAGCUGUUUCUGUUUACAGAACAAAGGAGUUAGUUCUACGGUGGACGGCGACGAGAACGUUCGUACGAUCGUUUUCAGUCUCGGCAGGGCCGUGAGGCCAAUUUUUUUUUUCGAUUUAGAAAAACUCCAAGUACUUCGUUAACGCACGUUCGUGACGCGUAUCGUGUUUGCACUGUUUUGUUUGCAUCUGUUUGCAUCACUGGGUACGUGGUCAGGAUUGUGCGCUGACAGGCUUCAUUAUCAAGCGGAUCUUUUCUGUUGUCGUUGUUCUUGAAAGAGGGAACUGGAGGACAAGGAUUGCGCCGUUGGAAAGAGGACAGAAAUACAACCUUCUACAUGUUGGCAACGAGCUCUCAUGCAAAUUCUUUGUGACUUUUAUUACUGCAAUUGUCAUUUGCUCUCAUAAUAGUUGUUUUUCCUAUGACACGACAUGAAAUUAGCUCUGGACGUUUGUGAAUGUGAUCGUACGAUUGCUUUUACCUUGCUGACACGCAUUUCCGCCUCUAUGGAAUCUACAUUUCUAGUAGUUAAAAAUCGUUGACGCUGCACGAGAGUUAUUUCGAAGGGCGUCUAGGACGAUGACCCAUGAUUGGCGAACCUUUCUACUAUACCCAGACAAGAAUGAUCUAAAGAUGCCAUCCUUACUUGAAGCCCUGGAGCUGAAGUACGGGAGUUCAACGACAGAAUGCUCGUUGACCGACGAAGAAACGGCACUCUCGGUGAGCAUCUUCGUCCCGAAGAAAUCACCACGUCAUACCGUCCCAGCCCUUCUGGUCCUGCAGGAUUGCGACAUAGAGUCGGCUGGUAAUGACGAUGAGAAGCUCAAGGAUAAGUGCAAGAACGUGGAGGAACUCGAUCUCGCCCAGAAUAAGCUUUCUCAGUGGAACGAGGUCUUUGGGAUUUUACAGUAUAUGCCGAAGAUAAAGUUCGUUAAUUUGAGCUUCAACAGCCUCACGGAAAUACUGGAGGUCAAGCAUGGCAGCUAUGAUUUACUGAGGAACUUGGUACUCAAUGGCACACGUGUCUCAUGGUCGACGGUACAGGGUCUUAUUAGACUCUUGCAGAAUCUUGAGGAACUUCAUCUGUCUUUGAACGAGUACAAGACUGUUGAUCUUGAGUAUCAGAAGGAAGAGAACAGGAAUGCAUCCAUUAAGAAAUUACACUUCACGGGUAAUCCUAUCGAGAUCUGGAAUGAAAUAUCAAAAUUGGGAUACGUCUUUCCAAAUCUUGAGAGUCUGGUACUAGCUGAGUGUCCUAUAAGGUCCUUGACGCUUGAAGAGAAUCGCAAUGUAGCAAGUAAUGGGGUCAGUGGCGUUAAUGGGGAGGAGAAGCCAGUUUUAAAGUCUGAAGAUAAUGAAAAUAUGAAUCUGCCGGAACCUGAGUCCUCCGAGAAGUGUCCUGAGAACAGGAUAUUCUCAGAGGAGGUGGCUUACAACAGGACUGAAUCUGAAUGCGAGUCAAGCAGUACGAAAAUUAGAUCUCCUCAUGAUCCUUUCAGAAUGCUUAGAUUUCUUAAUGUCAAUGGGACUUUGCUGUCAACUUGGGACGAUGUCGAGAGACUGGCUAGAUUUCCUGCAAUGAAGUCACUCAGGAUGCAAGGGUGUCCUCUAUUCGAGAGUCCCAGCGAAUACACGGAACACGAGAGGCGGCAGCUUCUGAUAGCCAGGCUACCGAACGUCGAGACUCUCAAUGGCGGUGGUGUUAUUUCAUCUCAAGAACGUGAAGAUGCUGAGAGAGCCUUCAUAAGAUAUUACAUGGACAAACCGGAAGCGGAUAGGCCGGAAAGGUAUGCUGAGCUCGUUGGAAUUCACGGGAAAUUGGAUCCCUUGGUCCACGUUGAUCUAACCCCAGAGAAGAGAGUCAAAGUAACAUUUACUUAUGGAGAUCUUGUCGAGGUACGAUCCGUUGAUGUGUAUCGCACAGUAUUCGAACUGAAAAGAAAACUGGAGUCCAUGGUCAAAAUACCAGCAAACAGAAUGAGACUCUUCUACGUAGAUCAGGAUCUGAAGUCUGUGCACGCCUGCGAGGAAAUGCUCUACCCAAAUAAACAGCUGUAUCGUUACAACAUAAGAACGGGUGGGGAGAUAAUAAUCGAUAGUAAAUUAAAUCGAUUCGUAUCAACAUCCUCGAGUACAUCUUCGAUUCAAUCUUGAAGAGAAUCUAUGAAAGGAUCAACGAUAUUGAAGUUAACCGAUGAUUGGACAUCAACGAAGACACAGAUCAGACAUCACCCCCUGAUCCAGCUUCGAUAACGAUCCAAGAAUCGUUUCCUUAAGUGAUCAGAUUUCAGUGUAAACCAUUCGAUCGCAACAUGAAGGUUUUGAUAUGUUCGUUCAUAAGUAUUGAUUUGGUAUCUGUAUUUAUCGGUUCCUCAGGGCUGACAAUAGGUGAAAGUUUCGUUCGCUCUUUGCGGUUUGCAGAGUAAAUGAUUCAGGUUGUGUGAAUCGAUAUGCCUACGAAGAGAGAGAAGGAUAAGGUCUAAAGAUUCUGACAGUAUCCAAUGCCAAUUUUUAUUUUCCCUCUGUAUUCAAGGUCAUUUUCGACAUAUCCUGGUGCGUGCCCGAUAAAAUUGGCCCCAAGCUCGUUACAUUCGCAGCCGUAAAAUCGUGACCAAGUCCAGAUAAGUUGUUACACGCGAAUGAGUAACUGGGAACGGCACGCAAAAUUCAAUUUCGAUAAUUACCUUGAAAAGGAAGAUAGGGAAAUCCUUUAAUAAAUGCGGUAGUGGAUUACGUUUUAUGUGUUGUUAUCUUGGAUCAAGGCUUUUCUUCUUGUUAACUUCCUCAUGCAUUUUUCAGUCGGUAUUCAGAUAUACUGUAAUAAUAUUAGAAAAAGAAACAUACCGGUAUAUCGUAUCGCCUGUGAUACACGUUGUCCAAUUGUCUGAUGUAAAUACACGUGAUACUCAUUAAAAGAAAUAACAAUUAAAUGGGAUUUGCAUCCUAUUGUAAUGAGGAUGGAUCUAUCGAUGAUAUAAUAGAGGAUCUGCGCUGGUUUGGCACAAUGCGAUUCCAAGGAAUUGCAAGUGUAAUACGUUAAUACUGUUACGAGGAAAAGAUGAAGAUGAGAAUAUUUUUGUAAAUUAUAACCAACGAUUGUAACUUAAAUUGAUGGCGAAUUGAUCAAAAUUAUUAUUGCGAGUAGAUACGAUGUGAUUUACUAUAUUGGAUAAAGUAAUCGGUAGAGAUGAUUAUUUAUAAUUUCAAGUGAAAUGUAUGUCUUUCUCUUGUGCUCGGAAGAAAAGUGAUACUACCCUAGCAAUUCGUCCAGAGUCGAUGGGAAACGAAGAGCGGCAGAAAAAGAAGUGACAGUUAUUCGUGUUAUCAUCUUUUGAAAAUGAAGAUUGAAAUAGAUUGAUAAGAAGAAACCUUGAAGAGUCACUUAGUGCCUGCUUUAGCGUAACUUGAAUACUUCUAACACUGCCCUGUAAAUAUAUUAUUCGGCUUGGCAAGGCCCUGUACAUAACGCGUUCGGUUCUUCAGAUACGGAAGUGAGGUCACGAAUUACGACCUCGAUACCGGAAGCUGCAAAGACAGAAAAUGUUUUUGGAUUUCGAUGUUGGACUCGUCUCGCGAAUCAGACGAAUUGAAGCAUUAAGAGUAUACAUCUAUAAUAUCGGCACUGAGAUUCUUUGUGAUGUGUCUAGUCUCAAAAUGCAAAAUAGAAAAAGCAAAAAAAGAAAAAUUCAUCUCAUUUUAUAUAAUACAAUCUUUUUUUUUUGUGCAGGCGCAAAUGUACGUUCUAACAAAAUAAAUCAUUUAUAUACACGAAAA